AUGCCUGGAAGCGGACCGGACGAUCUUCACGAAGAACCAGAUAUUCCUAACAAUCCGCCAACAGAUCCUCCCACAUCGCAAGGGAUUGAUGAAGUGUUCUCUCUCUUCAAGACAUAUCUUGAAAAUCGUUUGUAACAGAAGGGCAAAGAGCUCGAAGAAAAACAAAAAAUCGAUUUGCAGGCAGAGAAGUUCAAAUUCAAAAGUAACCAAAAGCAGUUCGUAUUCAACGCCGAGCUUGAAGAAUUAGUAGGAAAAAUCAAAGAAGCAAACGCCCGGAAGGAUCACAAGAAGGUGGUUCACUUAACGGAUCAAGCCAAAGCUCUGUUGCACAAGAGACAGAAGCUUAUCAAACUCGCAGACUCGAGUGAAGCCGGCUGGGACGCAGUUCAAGAAUACGAAUCCCAAGAUAUCGCCUCGGAUGAUGAGGACAACAAGAAAAUUCGCAAUGCUAGAGCCGCAGCUAAUAGGAAAAGGAAACAGUAA